CCCUCUCUCUAGCGAACGGACCGCCGCCUCUGGAUAUGUCCUGUUGUAACGCGCUCCAAUUGCUCGAGCUGUCGGUCCAAGCAAUGUCCCUGCUUUGGCAGGACAUCUGGACUAUCGUGGCAUCGAUCUCCGCAAGUUCCAACCGCGCGCUCGAAGACAUGACGCUCGUGUUGCGCGAACGGCAGCGCCUCGAUGCAAAGAACGUGUAGAAGCUGAUCAAUCGUAGUGCGCUGAGUUCGACGUACGCGACGUUGUCUCAGCUCAAGGGCAGGGGGCGCUUUCAGCGCUUCACGUUUCAAGAAGAGGAGGGGAGGUCAAGACAGAGGUGUUCCCAGACGUCCUUGAACGUUAUUCUCGUCCCCGAGCCCGGCGGCGUUGACAGUUCGUACUUCCAUCGCAUUGCAGGCGAUUAUCUCUGUAAAUUAUGGAGCGAGCCUGCCUAUAGUAAUGCUUACCUUCGGAGUCUGAUAACGCUAAAGUUUCAGCUUGGACAGACACCGGACAGUAGUCACAUCUUGCAGUA